AGGCCCAAAGUGGUUGUAAAGUGCGCUGCAACAUGCAAGUUGGUCUAAACGCUGCCAAGUGCAUUCGGAAGGCUUGCACACCAGGCACCCACUUGCUCCGUGGGCUCGUGUUUCAAACACCACGCUGUGUGCAACGAGUAUCGAUACAAUGUUCAGCCGGCACAGAGCACGGCACGGCAAAGCUGCCGAAUUUGGCCAGCAUCCUUCCCGGCUGCGUGCCGAGCGUGCUGUCGGCUGCCCUGGAGGAGUAUCCUGACCUUGCGGAAGUCGAUGAGGAGUAUGCGCUCAUGUGGAUUCGCAGCGCGGGCUCGGUACUCAAGCUGCGCGAGCAGGACGUGCAGGAGGCGCUGACCGCCCACCCCUGGCUGCUGCUGGCCGACCUGCUGGCGGUGCGCUCCGCCGUGGCCGCACUCACACGCGUGCUGUCAGUCACGGAGGCGCAGGCCGCCCGCGCCGCGCUGCUGAACCCGGACGUGCUGGAGUCGGAUCCCGUGGAUCUGAUGGAGCAGCUGAUGUACGUCUGCAGUACGACGGGGCUGUCGUACGAUCAGCUGGUGCGGCUGGCGGUUGACGCGCCCGGCAUCCUGACGGCGCAGCCACGUGACGUGGUGCGCGCCUGGGCCGACGUGCGGGCCGCGUGCGGCCGCGGCAGUAGCAGGGCCGGGGGCGGAGGUGGAGCCGCACCGGAGGGACGGGAAAGCGAGCAGGAGGAGCCGGAGGGGCAGGGGCAGGAGGAGGAUGCGGAUGCGGGGCUGGAGGCGGAGGUGCUGGAGGCGCUGCGGCGGCGGCCGGGGCUGCUGCUGUUGAGUGGAGAGGACAUUCGUGGCCAGCUGCUGGGCGGGAAUGAGGUGGCGGCCCAGGCGAGUGCGGCAGCGGGCACGCAGGAGGUGCAGGGGGAUCCUGGCCUGGUUGCCGUGGUGAAGCCACAGGCUGCGGGGCCACAGGCAGGGGGGCCGUCACGGCAGGCUGCCGCAGCGGCUGCUUCUGCUGCAGUGACGCCACGACAACGAGGCAGUCCCCGGAGCCUGCCAGCUGAAGAAGCCUCAGACGCCGGCACAGCCACUCAGCCCUCACAGAGCGCCCGCCAGCGCAAAGCGGCGGCAGCAAGGCCAAGGGUGGCGGAAGAUGAGGCGGUGGCGGCAGCCAUUGAGGGCGCGGGCGAGGUGGCCAAGCGGCCGCGGGGGCGGCCGCGCAAGGCCACACAAGCGCCGGAGGACGCCGAGGGGGGCACUGGCUCCUCAGCGGCGGCCACCGCGCUGCCAGCGACGCGCAGGGCUGCUGCCAAGGCCAGGACACCGCAGGCCGCUGGCAGCACUGAUGCGGACGCAGCCGCAGCCGGAAGCUCCGGCACCGCCGCGCCAGUUGCGGCCGCGAACGAUGCGGGCGGGAGACGUGGGCGGGGGCGGCCACGCAAGGCGCCGGCGCCCGCUGCGUCGGGGGCGCAUCAAGGCACGCGAGGUGGCGGUGCAGCGGCAGCGUCCACAAGCGGUGCACGUGGCGGUGCCGCAGCGGCUGGGGAGGCUGCGGCAGCGGCUGGCCCGGGGUCUGCUGCGGCGGCCGAAGGGGUAAUAGAGGGCGUCGGGCCGGGGGAGGGCGCGGAGGCCGGGGGGCGACGGGGAAGAGGACGUGGCACGCGGCGGACCGGGGCAGAGGAGGGUGGUGGUGGGCCGUAAAUCGUGUGUGAGGACACGAGCCAUGCGGUGUUCUGUCGUCCUAUGUUGUCGUGUUGCGUUGAAAAGUGCGGGGCACCUGUGAAUCGGGUUGUGACCGGCGUCGAGCUGCUGGCGAAAAAAUAGUAUAAUGUAGGUUCUAGGACAGCUCCGACUAACCCCCAACUAACUCGUGUACGGCACCCCCACCACCCUCAGCCAUACAGGAGUUGACUUGGGAGUCGGCAGCUGCGCGAGUGUGAGCAGGUAGUUGUACGGUUGCCCGGCUCGGAAGCUACCUGACUGUAGUGACGUACACGGGCAGUUGGCGCUAGUCGGCAGGCGCGCGAGUGGGAAUGAGCAGCUGAGCGCGCACGCGUGUGGGAAGCUUUGGCAGGGCACGUUGGAGCACGGCGGAGGCUGGCGGUUGGCGCGGUGCGCGAGUGGGAGUGCAUAGUCGCGCGCGUGCCGUUUGGGAAGCCGCGUGUGUGAGCUGCAUGCAAACUCAGAGAGACGCAUGGGGCUGCCCCAGUUCCAUAAGGUUGCCCGGGCGCCCGAGCGGCUAGUGGGCCUGUUCGCCUCCGGGCGCGCGCGUGGCCUGUUUGGUGGGUGUUGUUCGGCAGCCAACCAGGGGGCGGGUGUUGUUUCUCUGGGUCGAAGAUGGUCCCUCGCGGCGUGGGUACGGCGUGCCCCCGCUUGUCGGGCUGUCCCUUCGAUUGUAAUCCGCAUCCAUA